AUGGGUGGAAAAAUCCAUUUCACUUCCGCUCACACUACCCUACUCACCACCACCAUCAACCGUCCCUCCCUGCAAGCUGUUUCACCGUCUGACCAGCAAUCCCUCCAGGCCAUUCUCACGAGAGCCUCUGCUGCUGCUGCUGCUCCUGCUGCUCCUGGUGCUUCCUUUCCUGAUUCACAACCUGCCACCGAUGCUGCUGCUGCUGCCACUGCCGUCGCUGCUGAAAGAGGGGGGGAGGGGAAAGGGAAGAGGGUGAUGGAAGGAGCUGCUGGAGGGGAGGGGGAUAGGGCAGGAGCGGUGCCGGAUGGUGUGAUUGAAGCAGGGGGUGCUUGUAACGCGGAUGAGAGCAACAGUGAGGACUCCAGAGGACCUGAGACGAAGAGGAGCAAGGUUCUAAGCGCAGGCUCCGCUACCCAUCCUGCUCCUUCACCUGCUGUGAAGAAAGUUCUGGGAACCUUCUCUCAUCAGUCACUCAAGGGGAUGUACAAGGACGUUCCUCUGCCUCCUGGCUGGUUUGCAUUCUCCUCAGUCAUCCUUCAUCAGAGCCCUGAUCUGAAGCCAUCCAGUCGAAUCGCGGCCUUUGAUUUCGACGGCUGCUUGGUCAACACCAAUGUGCGCAUCAUGGGACCCAACGCCUGGUCGCUCAUGUUCGAUACCGUUCCCAGCGUUCUGCAGCAGUUUCACCAAGCAGGCUACAAGAUCGUCAUCUUUACCAACGAGUCGAACAUCGAUCGCUUCACCAAGCAGCGCCACAAGGCCAUUGAGAGCAAGAUUGGGCGGCUGAAUGGAUUCAUGCGCACCGUGCCAGGCGUGCCCAUGCAGAUCUUCAUCUCCUGUGGUCGCAGCAACUCAGGGGACCUGUUCCGGAAACCAGAAGGGGGGCUGUGGCAUCUGCUGUGCGAGUGUGGGAAUGAAGAGAGACAAGUGGAAUGGGAGAGCUCAUUCUUCGUGGGGGAUGCAGCUGGUCGCCCUCAGGACCACAGUGAUUCCGACCAGGUGUUUGCUCAG